AUGCCUGGAGCGCAAGCUAGCAGGCCGCCGCCGAGAGCAGUGCCGCUGGGAGCAGCGGCGGCACUAGCGGGGGGAGACACGCCCAGAUGUUCGGCGAGCGAGGCCGACUCAGCCCGGUCCGCGCCGGAGAAGGUGAGAGCGAGCCCCGCCUGGCCGUGA